CCCAUGGAGUAACUAUAUCUUAACAUGAAGCUCAGAAUGAGGUUCACCAAAUAAAGUGUAUAUUACUACUUCAAUAAUUGGGGCAGCCGUGGCUCAUUGGGUAGAGAGGGUCGUCCCGCAACCACAACGUCGGCAGUUCGAUCUUUGGCUGCUACCAGUCAUGUGCCGAAGUGUCCCUGAGCAAGACACUAAACCCCUAACCGCUCCCAAUAAGCUAGGGAUGGAUUAAAUGCAGAAGUUACAUUUCAUGUAUAUGUACCUGUGUAUAUGUAAAUGACGACUAUUAUAAAAUUGAAUUUCAAUUUCAUAUCAGAGUACUCCUUGUCGUUCGCCCUCCGGCCCAGCAGAGUUCGCUGUUCGCUUCCGCCGCUUCGCUCUCCUCAAAGCGAACCGUCGUUGACGCGGAACUCCGUGUGUGUGUUCGCGGACCCGCUGGCUCUCUUUGUCCGCAGAAAAAGGAGCAAAAUGUGCGCCGUGCGGCUGCUGCGGGUGUCGGUACACGAGCGGCUCGGCGCCGCCGCCGAAGACGUUCUGCUGCGGGUGGGAAAAGGAGAAGAAGCGGCAGAAAUCUCGGCGCUGAGAGCGCUGCUCACGGAGCGGCUAACGGCGGCUGCGGAGGAGAUUGUCGGUCUGUUUGAGGAAACCGUGGCGGAGUACGAAGACCGAGCUGAGCGGUCAGAGCGGGAGAUCCAGAGCCAGAAGAGGCUGCUCGAUGCUGUGCUGAAGCCGGAAGUCAAGCUGCACCGAGCAGACGUCCAGCAGCUGUUGGAGGAUAAAGAGCAGCAGGAGUGGAGCUCCAGUCUGGACCAGGAGGACCCUGAGCCCCCACACAUUAAAGAGGAACAGGAGGAACUCUGGACCAGUCAGGAGGGAGAGCAGCUUCAAGGUCUGGAGGAGGCUGAUAUCACAAAGUUCUCAUUCACUCCUGUGAAGAGUGAAGAUGAUGAAGAGGAAGCUCAGUCCUCACAGCUUCAUCAAAGACAAACUGAACAGAUGGAAACAGAAGCUGAUGGAGAGGACUGUGAAGGACCAGAACCAGCAUGGAACUCAGAUCCAAAUUUACAACCAGUUAAUGAAGACGAUUCUCUGCACUCUUCUGAAACCGACGACUCUGAUUGGUCACAAACCAAUGAAGCCCAGUCGGGUGUCGAGGCUCAGAAACACAGCGAAGUCUCUGAGAGCGACGUCGGCUCUUCAGCCAAAGAGAGACCGUUUCCAUGCUCUUAUUGUGGGAAAAGUUUUAGCCUGAAGGGCAACUUGAACAGACACGUCAGAGACCACACGGGCGAGAGGCCGUUUCCGUGUACCGGCUGUGAUAAGACGUUCAAAGACAGCGGCUCGUUGACGGCUCACAUGAGGUGUCACACCGGAGAGCAGCCGUACAGCUGCUUGUUCUGUGGGAAGAACUUCAGCGGACGAGGGAACAUGACCCGACACAUGAGGAUCCACACCGGAGAGAAACCCUUCACCUGCUCGCUGUGUAGCAAAAGCUUUCACGUGAAAGAACACCUCAACAGACACAUGAAGUACCACACGGGGGAGAAACCCUUCAGCUGCUCCAUCUGUGGCAAAGGGUGUGCUCAGAAAACAGACCUGAAGAAACACAUGAGGGUCCACACGGGAGAGAAACCCUUCAGCUGUCCCUUCUGUGGGAAGUGCUGUGCCGAAAAAGGAGACUUGACCAAGCACAUGAGGGUCCACACGGGGGAGAAACCCUUCAGCUGCAACGUGUGUGGGAAAAGCUGUGCCCAGAAGGGGAGCCUGAAGAUCCACAUGAGGGUCCACACCGGAGAGAAACCAUUCAGCUGCUCUGUCUGCGGGAAAUGUUUUACUGUUACAGGACAUCUGAAGAGACACAUGAAGCUGCAUGUUGGCGGGGCCGACGGUCGGGAGGCCGAAGGUGGUGGGGCCGACGGUCGGGAGGCCGAAGGUGGCGGGGCUGCCGCAGAUUCCCAUUCAACCAAAGUAGAACAGGAAAUUGAACCUUUGAACACAUCGUGAUGGUCCUCCAGUCAGAAGACGUGCAGCCAUGUUCACAAAGCUUUUCAUGUCGGGGGCUCAGAACCUGACUGUUAUAGAUGAAGUGAUCGAAAUGAUCAGAAAUACAUUCAUUGAUGAUAUAGAACACAACAUCAAUGAAGUCAAAAACCUGAGACCAGAUCACAAGUCCAGUUGGUCCGGUACAGAUGUAUUUCGAUGGCUGCUGAGGAAGGUCAUCGACAGUAACAAGUCCCGUUUCUGGAUCUUAACCCGAGACUUUGUCAGGACCCAUCAGGUCCAGACGUCAGACCAGGUCUGAAAGCAGAACCCUUGGUACCCGUUUAGACGUGCUGAACGUUGUGAUUCUGAGGAGGUUCAUUUAGUUUAUGGUUCCAACCCCCAUCGGACCUGAACUGCAGGUUUGUGCUAAACAGGCUCCUGUAGCCAGCAGAGCUAUGCAUUGUGGGAUGUGAAGUGAAAUUGACACUUCUGGACAUGGACGGCUUCUUUAUCCAACCUAGGUGUCCGAUGUGGGUCUUUAAAAUAAUAAAUAAUAUCAACAUAAUAUCAACAGGGAUUUGAACAAAAUGUUAUACUUUUACUUUGUGGUCAUCUUUAGUGGUGAUUUGCAGAAAAACACAGAAAUAAAUUAUUGUAUUUAUUGAAAAAUACGCUUUGAUUAAACAUUUUAGGGGCAUUAGUAAUUUUAAUCAAUUUGGAGUGUGAGGAAGUUAACAGCUUAAAUUUAUCUCUCAUGUUUAUUUUAUAUUAUUGUGGAAACAUCUUCAAACAACCGGAUUUGUUCAAGUUUCUCACUGAAAACUACAUUUUACAAGAAGGUACAUGAAGAUACACGUCUGACAUCAUGAGAGCGUGAUAAUUUACCUUCUACUGUUUCACUGAGUAGAGCUUGAACGCACCAUAUUGGAUCUGAAUGUAACCUCCGUUAGCUGUUAGCUUCGUGCUGUCGAUAGACGAGCUGGUCACUUUGAUUAAUGUGAGCAACGUGAUGGGAAUAAAUUAUGUCAAAAAUGUCUGAUCAAGACAAAUGUUGCUCUGCUAACCGACUGCUAACAGCUAACCAUAACUAGUUAACGUUAACUGGCUAACUUAAACUAGUUAACGUUAACUGGCUAACGUUAACUAGCUUACGUUAACGUUAGCUCUCCGUUAGCUCUCCUCCUACAGAUUUGUUGUUCAUGUAACAUUUCCAGGAUCAGAUAUUAAAAAGAAUUAACACUGAUCUCAUAUUUCGACUGAAUAUUUAUUUAUACAUUUUAUUUAUUUCUUCUGACCAGAACACAAUUUACUGUUCAGACAGGUUUCAAGUCCAGGAUCCAGAGUCCCAUGAUCCAUUUAUAUAUUGAUCUGUGAUCAGCAUCGAGUAUCGCACACACACACACAGGUGUGUUCAUGUCUGAAUCAUAACAUGUUUGUAGAAUCAUGUUGAUAAUUUGAGGUGAAGAAGAAACUCCAUGUUUUUACUUCCUGUGGUUUAAAUCAACUCUUUCAGAUCUGACAGCAGCAAUAAUCGUCGUGAUUAAUAUUAAUAAUGGAGAACAAACUCCUCCCUGCACCGAGACCUGUCAUCACCAUUGAUGAUACCGUGGUGACGCCAACUCGGACUGCGAGGAACCUGGGUGUCACCCUGGACAACCAACUGUCGUCCUCAGCAAACAUUGCAUCGGUUACACGCUCCUGCAGAUUCCUGCUCUACAACAUCAGGAGGAUUCG